AUGGUGAUGGACUGGGCGUACUUUGCUCGAUGCAUCAAAGAGCACUUUGUCCCCCCUAGAUGGCGCAACCCCCUCAUCGAGCUCGCCUCCCUCUACAAGAUAGGCACCAUCGACAACUACACCAAGCACUUCAUGGCGCACGUGGCUUGUGCCGGGCUGCUCAACAAACAACAACAAGUGAACAUGUACACCGCCGGCCUCCUAGAACCCCUGAAGAUAGAUGUCGAGUUCUAG